AUGAAGAAAGCUGAGCUUGUGUUCAUCCCUGUAUCGGCCACAGGCCAUCUCAUUCCCAAUAUCGAGCUCGCAAAGCGCUUCUUAGGUAGAGAUAAUCGUUUCUCGAUAACCAUUCUUGUCAUAGAUUUUCCUACUGACACCUCUAUUACAGCUGCAUACACAAAUUCAUUUGUUGAAUCCAACCCUCAAAUAAAGUUCAUCUAUCUUCCUCCUACCGCAGACUUCUCUCCUUCGCAAGAGGCUGAUAAAUCUGUAGAAAAGUUCUUAACCGAGUUCAUAGAUUGUCACAAAGCUUCUGUUAAAGAAACCAUUGUCAAGCAUGUGCUUUCCGGUUCUGAUUCAAGCUCACUUGCUGGAUUGGUUGUUGAUUUCUUUUGUACAUCAAUGAUUGAUGUGGCCAAUGAACUUGGUACUCCUUCUUAUUUGUUUUUCCCUUCUAGUGCGGCUUAUCUUGUUCCAAGCAGUGGUCUGCCUCCAGUUUUUAAACAAAAAAUGGAGGCUACACUACAUUUAGAACCAUGGAAGAAGAUUCAGGGAGGCCAAUGGGAUUACGUCAACACAUUUGAGCAGUUGGAAUCUCAUGCGGUUAAGUGUUUGAUGAAUGAUCAUGACAAUGUGCCACCAGUUUACGCUGUUGGACCGGCCAUUGAUCUCGAAAGUCAGAGUGACAAGUAG